UCUGCAGAGCUGGGUGGACUGGGAUGGAUAGGCUCCUGCACUGCAUGCUGCUCUGCCAAGCUCUUUCCUCCUCGGGCGCCAUCUUUGUGGACACGAAUCGUCCAAUCGUCUUCCAGAAUGAGGAUCCCAGCUUUGGCCAUCAGGUGGUGCAGAUGGAUAAAUGGGUGAUCGUCAGCGCUCCGCUCCGCCCACAAUCCCAGAACAAGACCGGCCAAUUAUAUCGCUGCAACCCCAAGACGGCCACCUGCAACCCCAUGUCCAUCCCCGGUUCCUCUGAUGAUAUAAAUUUUCCUCUCGGAUUGGCUCUGGCUGUACAGGAGAAUCCAACUCAGCUUCUGCUGUGUGGGGCCGACCCUACAGAGGACAUGCGGUGGGAACAUCUAUGUGAACGGGCGAUGUUAUUAUAUAACUGGAGAGCCGCCAGAGAUGAGACCCCUACCCAGAUCUCUGCCAGAGUGCAAUGUGAGAGGAUUGGACAUCGUCUUCCUCAUCGAUGGAUCGGGGAGUAUUGUGCCGAAUGACUUCACUUUGAUGCUGAACUUUGUCACCAGAGUAAUGGAAGAGUUCAGGGACACCAAUACACAGUUCGCCCUCAUGCAGUAUUCCCAUAGAUUCCGGAUGCAUUUUGAUUUCACCCAAUUUUUCAAAAUCAAGAGAUCCGGCACAGCUGACCAAGACCAUUGACCAGCAGAAAGGGGGGACGCAUACUUCCACCGCCAUCCUGCUGGUGAUGCAGCAGCUCUUUGUGCCAGAGAGAGGUGCCCGAGACAACGCCGAGAAGGUUCUCAUCGUCAUAACGGAUGGGGAAAGCAUCCGCGAUAGCACGCCUUUCUCGAGGUCCAUCGCAGAAGCUGACAGACUCGGGGUUCGCCGCUUCGUCAUCGGGGUGGGAGAGGCUUUUACUGUCCCCAGUGCCUACCAGGAGCUGGUGACCAUCGCCUCCCCGAAGCCUGAAGAUCACCUCCUUCAGGUCAGUGACUUCUCCAUCCUUCAAAAUUUCCAGAGGACGCUUCAGGAGAAAAUCUUCGCCAUCGAAGGUAACAGACGGAGCAGGAAUGAAUGGAAGCAGGUUAAAAGAGAACCCCAGACACAUGUG